AUGGCGCGUGCGGAACAGGAAUCGCUGGCUGCGCCGCUGCUCGAGCCGACCGCGACGGCGAGACAGCGCGUCCCGUUCGUAGAGGUGCGGCUGUACCGGCGGGGCGACGGCCCGGUGGCGAUCUUCCGGUCGGACCUGUCGGGCCCUGGGCGGGACCGCCUCGACGUGCGCCGCAUCCAGGCGAGCCACGGCCUCCGGGCGCUGUUCGCCUUCAGGCCCGAGGGACCCCGCCGCGGGCGCGGCCUCCGGAUCAGGUGCGACCCAGCCGCCGGCUACUCCGCGCUGCCGUUCCGCGACGGCGCCGCCAUCGCCCUCGACGGCGAGCCCAGAGAGUCGUGGACGAAGCCAGUGUCGGUGAUCGUCGCCGGCCUGCUGGUGCCCGCGGUGAUGGUGGCGGUUGCGGUCAACGGGGUGCCGGAGCCUCUGCGGUCGUCGAGGCUGGUCAACGGGAUGUUCCCGCCGUGGAUCCUCGUCAGCAAGAAAUUGCAAUUAUACGACAUCAAACAACACGCUUCGCAAUUAUAGAACUCCAAUCGACUUCGAUCUUGAAACAUUGGCUUCUUAUUUUAGAUGACAUUUGACGUAUUUCUUCACUUUGUUAAUCAAAAUACAUGUAUUUUGGCCCACUUGUGACCCUUCUGCCCUACUCGGAUACUCCUCACUCGCUUCCUCAGCUCCAUCCCUCGCCGCACCGGCGUUUUGCUAUCGUCGUCUGCUCCUUCCGUGGAGCCAGCUGCUGCGUCCGACCGGGGCUAUGGCGGGCAUUGA